UUUUAGAAAUUGGUUCAGAGUAGAGAAGUGAUUGAACAGCGAAUGGAAGCAAAGAUCGGCAAGUUCUUCGAAUCCGUCGGCUCCUUCUUCGGCGGCGGAGAUCAGAUUCCUUGGUGCGAUCGCGACGUCAUUCUCGGCUGUGAGAGAGAAGUUGCUGAUGCCACUAAUGGAGGCUCAGAUGAACGUAAGAAUGAAAGCAUUAUGAGGUUGUCAUGGGCACUUGUUCACUCGAGGCAACCUGAAGAUGUGAGGCGCGGGGUAGCCAUGCUUGAAGUAUCCGCAGCUUCCUUGACAAACAGUAGCUCGCCUUUGGAACAGAGAGAGAAGUUUUACCUUCUGGCUGUUGGAUAUUACCGAACCAGUGAAUACUCAAAGAGUCGACAGCUCCUGGAGCAGUGCUUGGAGAUUGCCCCCGAUUGGAGGCAGGCUCUGGCCCUUAAGAAGACAGUUGAGGACCGAAUUGCUAAAGAUGGUGUUAUUGGAAUAGGCAUUGCCGCCACUGCAGUUGGACUUAUAGCCGGUGGAAUUGCUGCUGCUUUGGCUCGCAAGAACUGAUCAUAAAUAUUAUUAUCACUCCUUUGCAGUCAGCAUGUCGAUACAACAUUUUUUUUUUCCUGAAUGAAUUCGUUUCAAAAGGUAUUUCAUUUCAUACAUGUAGACGUGAUAAAAAUUACAUGUUAAAACAUUUAGAUAUAGCUCAUUAAAAGUGCAUGGAAGUUGCUUAAAUUGAAUCAUCACUUUUAGCUCCGAAUUUAGUCGUGCUAAAUCCUUGUCUCGGAGGCGUUAAUUAUUGCACCCUUGGUAA